CUCUCGUCACGGCACUCCCGUUUAGUUGUGACUGUGCCAUCCGACACGCAGCACCACGCUUACUUCUCCCUGGCGAUCCCACGCGCACCCGGGGCAGGGGCAUCAACGCACCGAGAGAGAGAAAAGGGUCCAUUCGAGUGAACUUAACUUAGAAACUGGAAUAACAAUAAGUAAGGAGAAAGAAGUGAAAAUAGGGCCAGCGGAGAAUCGUUCUCGCUCAUCCUGAGCUAUUCAUUUGACCGUGAACCAGUGCCGCGUCAAGUUCAAUCCCAGUGAAACCUCCAGUUACCAUUGACUUUGCAAAAAAAUUCACACCGGUUUUGCAUAUCGCGUUAAACAAGAUAUCCAUCAAUCGGUGAAAGAAUAGAAGUCCCCUUUGUUACCCAUUUGAAGAUGCAAAGAGGCUCAUUCAUCCACAUGAAAAAUGAUCCAAGUGCUUCGUAGAAAAUGGGUGAAGAUAAGGGUCUGAUGGAUACCAGCAGAAAGAAGAGCAUUGGUAUCAUUGAUGGGAUACAGCUGAUUGAGGAUGAGGAGAUCCAGGAAGUGUGCAAAUGGGCAAGGUGACGGAUAAUUCAGUGAUGCGUAGACGACGUGGCUUGGGCAGUGCCAUUGUCGGCCUCACAGUCGGUUUUCUCCUCGGCUUGAUCAUGAUGAAUUACCGGGGUAUAACGAGCAGUCAGAUGGCCCCAACACUAGGCACGAGGGGUUCAGUAACGGGAGGAGCAUCUGCAAGGGUUCACAAUCUCGAGGCCAAUGUCUCGGGGAAAAAUCUCGUUUUCGUUGGAGUGAUGACAGCCCACAAGUACCUGGGCACAAGGGCCAAAGCUGUUUGGGAGACGUGGGGCAAAACGGUGCCUGGGAAAAUAGCAUUUUUCUCGUCGGGCUUUUCGACAUUACCGGUGAACACACCGGAUCUGCCUCUGGUGGCACUUGCCACUGUUGAUGAUGGCUAUCCACCGCAGAAGAAGUCGUUUCUCAUGCUGCAAUACAUGUGGAAUCACUUUGGGGAUCAAUUCGAGUGGUUCCUGAGGGCCGAUGACGAUGUUUAUGUCAGGAGUGAUAGGCUGGAGAGACUGCUGAGGUCAGUGGACUCCAGGAAAGCUAUAUACAUUGGACAGGCGGGGAGGGGCAAUUCUGAGGAGUUUGGAUUACUGUCGCUGGAGUAUGAUGAGAACUUUUGCAUGGGUGGGCCCGGGGUCAUACUCUCCAGGGAGACACUCGGGAGAAUUGUUCCGCAUAUCAAGGAGUGUCUUAGGAAUCUUUAUACCAGUCAUGAGGAUGUGGAGCUUGGCCGGUGUGUCAGGAAACACGCUGGGAUACCCUGCACGUGGAGCUAUGAGAUGCAAUCGAUCCUCUACCAUAAUAGCAGCGGUGAUCAGGCAUUCACGGGUAAUCUCAAGAAGAAGGAAGUCCAUAGGGCAAUUACCCUGCAUCCGGUUAAAAGCCCACCACACAUGUACCGCCUCCACAACUACAUGAGGGGUCUGAGAAUCCAGGACUUGAAGCAGGAGCGCAUCAAGCUCCAUCGGGAUAUCACCGUGAUGAUUGAGCAGUUGGGAAUGACUACUAGAGACUUCCAACGACAUUUAUCGGGAUCCAAAGAACUCAGCACUGUUCUUCACGAUAUUGAGAUGCUUGGAGUUCCGGCGGGCUUGCGAAGCUUCAAGCCACGUUCCAGUCGAGAAGUUGUCCCCUGGGACUUUAUAUCGAGGUCGGAGUACAGUCUCGCCGACGCGAAUCCCAGACGACGUAUUCAUAGUCACAUUAAGGAGGGUCUGGAGGACAUAACGAGAGAAGUUAUGGAUUCAAUUAAUGCCUGCUCGAGGCAACGUGGACGUGUUGUUGAGGAGAGAUCUGCAUUGUAUGGGUACAGGAGAGUCGAUGCUUAUGGGGCUGACACUAUUCUUGAUCUUCUUCUAGUCUAUCGGAAGUACAGGGGACGAAAAGUCACACUUCCGGUUAGAAGACACGUUUAUGUCCAUCAGCAUUAUACUGGGAUAGAGAUCCGAGAGGUCGUGAAUUGCGAAGAAACUGAUCGUCACCGUUCCCAGCUGACUUCUCAGAAGCCUCAGAGUAUCUUCAACGCUGGAUUCCUGGGUUUCAGUUCAGCAAAAGAGAUCGAUCCCAUCAAAGACAAAUCGAUAAGAUUCAUCCUGCCACUGUCAGGUAGAUUCCACGUAUUCCAAAGGUUCCUGAGGAAUUACGAGGAGAUCUGCUUGAUGACUGGUGAUAAGACUGAACUCUUGGUAGUCCUGUACCCCCACAGGACCGACAAUUCCGUAGAUAGCACGAUGGAGCUAAUCAACAGAAUGAGGAUUAAAUACUCGAGUGCCAGAAUUGAAGUAAUCCCAGGAUCUGGGAAUUUCUCCAGAGCUCAAGCCCUGAACCUGGGGGUCUCCCAGUCUCGAGAGGACGAUCUCAUGUUCUUUGUGGAUGUGGACAUUGUCCUGAAAGCCUCUGCCCUCCAGAGGAUACGUCUCAACACAGUGAUAGGGAGACAAGUCUACUUUCCAAUUGUCUUCAGCCAGUUUGACCCAAAAAUCGUUCGCGAGAACUCAAACACCCAGGACCCUUUCCUUAUCAACGAAUUCACUGGGUUCUGGCGGCAAUUUGGCUUCGGUAUAGUCUCCCUUUACAAGAAGGAUUACCUCUCAAUCGGUGGAUUUGACCUAUCUAUAACUGGAUGGGGAAAGGAGGAUGUUGACUUCUUCGAGAAAGCUGUUAAAUCCAAAUUGAAUGUCUUCAGAGCCCCUGAUAAGCAUCUUGUUCAUGUGUUUCAUGAUGUCGAGUGUGACGAGAGACUAUCUGGUAUUCAAUUAUCCAUGUGUCGGGGAACCAGGGUCGACACAUUCGGCAGCACUCAGGCACUAGCUAGGAUCGUUUAUGAUAAUCCAGAGUAUCUGAGGUUCGCCAGAGCCAGGAGAGCCAGACUCACUGCACAAGGAAAUUGAAUUGUCAAUUUGUUUUGAGGAGACGAGGAAAACCCAACGAUAUUGUAGAGAAACUGUGAUCUGACUUUAAUGGACUGUCAAUUCCUUUGUAGGCGUGAAUAGCAGAAAUACUUUAUAAUGUGUAAAUAUGAAACGAUUGGAUUCAGUGAUAUAUUUUUAGCGAGCGAAUUUUUAUUGGAAGAAUACAAAUUUAUGAUUGGGGAGGACUGCAAUGAGAGAAGAAAAGCAUGUUCUCUGACGCGGCAAGAAUGAAAAAUCUAGUGUUGAACAUUUGAAGGUUCUUAUUUUGAAAAAGAAGGGAGAUUAGUUUCUCGUUUUGGCUAUCCAAUACUCAAAGAUAAAAAAUUCAUUGUUAGAUUGAAGAGUAAUGAUAUUUAUUGAUGAACUUUGUUUUAUAAAUGAUAACUGCAUCAUUCAAACCUUUCGUAUGUUCAGAUGAAACAAUUUCUCUCUUGAUAAUUUCAGAUUUUUCAGAUCAAAUAAGACUUGUUUGACAACAUGUUUUUUCUUCCUCUCAGGGUGGGGUGGAUCGUCCUGUGAUUGAACAAAUUCACGUGUUUGUAUGAUUAAUUCAGUAGAGUGUAACGUUUUCCCUCUCGAGGAACAAUCUGAUAUUUAUUAGUCCAAUGAGACCUUCUGGAACUACUGCUUGCUCACAAAUUGUUAGCUGUUUUCAGCCAUUAAGUCCCUCAAUAACGGUCAAACAUUUGCAUGUAAAGAAGGAAUGGUCGGAACAAUAAUUUUAUGAAUACUGAGAGAAAAUAGGAUUUUACCUAACGAGAUGGUAAAUUACGUUUUUCGCGAGUGUGAGGAUUGCAGCCCGAGCCGAAGGCGAAGAGUUGUAAUCACACUCGUCAAAAACGUUAUUUAUCACGAGUUAUGUGAGAAUUUGUCUGUCCCCGCUGCUACGUUCAUCUUGUACCAAAAUGUGUCUUUUCGUUUACUUCACCCAGAAAAACGGUUUAUUUGAAUUGAAUAAGCUUUACUUGAAUCAAAGAGAUUGUUUAUUUGACUCUAACAGAGCAUUUGUAGCCUUCAAAUACAGUCCAGUUAAUUCAAAUAAAUCAUUUCUCUGAGUGUUGUGAAAAGGUUCGGCACUCGUUAAACGCAAUAUCACUAACAAAAAAACAUAGUUUAGACACAUAUGCAAUGGGAUUUUUUAACUCAUGUUAUUGCCAGUCCUCGGUUUCAUCUCAAGCCGCUAACUUCAUACUCGUAAAAGUCGCACAACGUCUGUAAAUAAACGCUUCGUGUGUGUAAAGUGCCGCUUUACAGGCAGACAUGGUACAAAACAGAUUUCUAAGAUCAAGUCUACUCUUGUCACAAUCUUUUCCUCGGUUGGACGCCCAAAAGGUUUGAAAGAUUGAGGCAAGUUUGACUAAUCUUCUGUUACAAUCAAUGAUCAAGGGUGGAAACAUCUUGUUCACUGAAUAAUUCGGAAAACUAUCCAUUCUUGUCACAGGAAGUCUAGUUUGCCUCAACCUUUAUAGAGAGGUUUGCGGCAGGAAUUUUCUUCCUCCUAGAAAAUCGUUUUUUCUCUCAGUGAAUAUAUCAAAGUUACAUGACACCUGAUAAAUCUCAUUCGUUCAAUUACUGGACAACUCACCCCAUUCAAAGUGCCUACACUGAUAGAAGGAUUUAUUUGUUGUUAACGAGGCUUCUGUUAAUGAAUCUUGGUAAUAGUUGAGAAGCCUCGUUAACAGCAACUAAAUCAUUCCACCUUUUCUAUGAGUGAAUUGGAAGAAGAAAAAAGAUUCAUUUCGACUCCGUCUAGUCAAAUCGGCCAUUUUGGAUGUGUAAAAGAAUAUUGACAAGACUUGGCUCGAGGUCUGCUUCUCCUCUGCUUAACUAACGUGUCUUCAAUCUUCCAUAUAUGAUAAGAAAAAUGGUAAUUACUGUAAGAAAUGAAUUUACUUUUGAAGUGUAAAAUAUAAGUCUUUUGGAAUCAUAAAGCAGAAACAUUUUUGUCCGCUGGCGCGGAAAGAGCAGACUGAUUGGGGGCUUCCCACUCCCCUGAAAUGCUUUUCGCGUUCCAAUCGUCACAAAUGCAAAUAG